GCGAACUAGGCGAAUCAUAGUGACUAUGUUUAAGCCUGUUUAAAAAAUGAUUGGGCUGUGACCUGUGCGGGGUGGGGGGAGGCUGAAUGGCGAGACGGGCAGCCCGUUUGAGAUGCGCCGGGUUUGCAGCCUCGCUUCCUUCUAAAACCCUAUAUUCACGCUUCCUUCUCGGAAACACAGCCAGUAUUUGUGUGCCAUCGCCGCCGCCGCCGCCGCCGCCACCGCCGUAGUCGUCGCUGUUUCGAGGGUAUCGGCCUCAGCCUUUGGCAAUGACCCUUUGAUCGCAAAUUCGGCUUUCUUCAAGCGUAACGUUUCAUGGGGACGAAAGAUUGAACAAGCCCUAGCUGAGUUCGCGGAGAUUUGAUCGCCGUCGAUCCAAAAGAUUUUUUUUUAAAAUCUGAUUCGCUACGAAUUCGAUUGCUACAGGAACUGGUACGUCUUUUCUUCUUGUUCCUUGUUCUUGAUGUCAGGGACGAAACGAUAUCGUUUGGGUGAUACGUAAUUCUUGGGGGUCUCUGUUCUCCGUCUGUAUUGAUUCACAUCUUUUUCAGAAAUUUUAUUUGGAUGCUGAAGUUUCGAUCAUGGAUCUGUUUUUGGUGUAGAACGUGUAAAAAUUAGAUUUUGAGGUCUCUUAGGGAACCUCAGAAUCUGCGUCUUGAAACGAAAACGUAUACCUUUACCCAUCUAUGUCUGAACAUAGAUGUCUUUUGUUUCAUUGUUUGUAGUAUGAUCCUGAACAUAAAUUUUCAAGAUUGUCGCCAUGCCUUAAGUAGAUGUUGAAUACCGUAAAGAGAGUGGUUCAACCCUUCUCUUACACAUCCGAUGUGUUCAUCCUCGUGCCAAUGAGCAUGUAGUCCUGUUUGUGUUACAUUCUGUGUGAUAGUUCGACAUCUGAUGGAAUCAGAUAUCAGUUUCAGUUCUUAAAAUCGAGCAUCGAGUUGGCAUAUACAUGGACAGCCCAGAUCAACACAGCAGCGGUGUAAGGCGUGGCCUUAAACUACCUGCUGUUAAACCAUGUGAGUCGGGUGAGGGUCUGCCAUAUGCCCCUGAAAAUUGGCCGGGUCCCGGAGAUAUAUGGCGUUGGAAAGUAGGGGUGAGAGUUACGACCAGUGGUUUCUUUAAUGAUAGGUACCUGUAUCCUCCCAAGCAUCUACCUUCCGGUGGUGAUAGUGCUCCCCGGAAAGGUGGUGCAUUUUCCAGCAAGCUUGCAGUUGAACGAUAUAUCCGUGCAGUCUUUCCUGAAGUGGAUGUUGAAAAGUUUUUCUCUUUGUUCAGCUGGAAAAUUCCUUGCAAAGACACGCAUGGCAAAACUUUCAGGGGCACUCGAUCAUCUGUACCUCCACCUCUAAUAUUCGAAGUCUCAGAUGAAGAUCCAAUGCACGAUGACGAGUCUAUUCAUGUGGUUUGCAAGGCUGGUAAUAAUAAGUGCAAAAGUCUGAUGCUUAACGGGGAAAACCCAUCUUUACCCGCAAUGCAGUGUGACAUUUGUUGUAGCGAACCUAAUUUCUGCACCGAUUGCUGCUGUAUCCUUUGCUGUAUACCCGUGAGCUUAGAGCAUGGAGGGUAUAACUACAUCAAAUGCGAGGCUGUGGUUCAUGAAGGUUAUAUAUGCGGACACGUGGCUCAUAUAAACUGUGCUCUUCGAGCCUACAUGGCUGGAACCGUUGGAGGCAGCAUAGGGUUGGAUGCUGAAUACUACUGCAGGCGAUGUGACGCGAAAAAGGACCUAAUUCCACAUGUUUACAGGUUCAAAGAGAUAUGUGGGAUGGUCAAAUCCCAGGCCGAUGUCGAGAAGAUCCUAAACCUGGGCAUCUGUAUGCUUCGGGGCUCGAAGAAAGCCAAGGCAAAAGAGUUGUUGAUCUGUAUUGAAUCAGCUGUCGUCAAGCUCAAAUGCAGAAAAAAUGAAGAUAUCGGGAAUGCGGAUGCCUUAACUGUCUGGCCGGAAAUCUCUGACAAUGGAGAUGCUAAAGACAACGAGACUGUCCACAGUUUGCAAGAGGCAGAGCCAAUUGGACCAAUACCAUUCAACCAUCAGGCUGAAAUGCAGAGACUUGAGGAAGAAAUUUGUCAGGUCCUACGAGCUCUGAGGAAGGCUCAGGAAACUGAGUACCAAAUUGCCGAAGAAAAACUAUGUGCUCAGAAGGAAUAUCUCAACGAUCUGUACGUGCUGCUCGAGAAAGAGAAGUCUGAUCUCUCCCGACGAUUAUCAGACACUGAUGCAAAUGACCUAAUCACUACCAUCCUGACAAGAUUGGAUCAGAUUAAGAAGGAAGUCUCGAAACUUCGAGAAAUGGAAGAAAUAGGAAAGGGAUUCGGUAGGGCGCCGAGGGGAAUUCUAGAGGAAUACUUCCAUCUUCGAGUCGAUGGCUAAAUCUACAAAUUUUGAAAAGAGUUGGGAAGAGAUUCUUACCUCUCUCUAAGCUCGCAGGAAAGGGCUGUCUUUCUUGUUCAUGGAUUGGGACAACGUCUGAUUUGUUCUUUUUGCCAUGACCUCUUCUUCCUCCCAGCUCCACAGUUUUGGCAACUGGCAACUGUUCUAUUCAUGUUUCCCUUGUAUAGAUUCUGAAUUCUUCCAGUCAAAUUUUUGUUUUGAACA